AUGCUUUUGCGCUGGCCGUCGACGUGUCAGGAUCAAGCCGACACUGCAAUUGCAGUUGGGCAGAAGACGGUUUUCGCCCCGACGACCAGCUGUCAAUGUCUUCUGCCAGAGUCGUGGGCUCGGCCUUUUAGGUAUGCUGUGAAAGCUCAUUACAUUAGUCGCGGAGGCCCUAAUCAUAAAGCAGACUCGUCCAUUCACCCAAAGUCAAGCGAUCGUUGCCAGGCUAGGGUGACGAAAGACUGGGCCGUGCAAUCGUGA